UACUCCUCCUGUCAAGUAUGUCCCAAAAGUGAAAGUUAACUAAAUUCACACAUUAUCUUGUUUUCCAUACCACACCUAUAUAAAUGUUUCCUCCACAUUCAGAAAAAUCCCAUGUUCUUUUGCAUGCUAAAUGCAACUAAUCGACCAAAAGUUUUUGCUGACUCAAAAGGUGUUGUUUCUUUUAUCCCUUUUGUCUUGUAUAUUUUGUUCUUCAAAUUUCUUUGUAGCCCUAAAAUGGGUGAUGGCAACAUUCGAAUGUGUCAAGAUCAAUGGUUUCAAUGUGGUAGAAAGAUGGAGGAUAUUACAGAUCAUUCUCCAUGGAUGAUCAAUGAAGGAAAUAAUAGCUCAUCAUCUUCAUCCAUUGGAGAAUCAACGAUCUCGAAUUUGAGUUGUUCUUCUACAUUAGAAAUAAUGGAUGAUGCAUCCUCCGCAUCCCCCACUUCAUGUACUUCAUCUUCAGAUGGGGCUUUGUCCGAUUUAUCAAGCCUUAUGGCGCAAUUACCCAUCAAGAGAGGGCUUUCAGAGUAUUAUGUGGGGAAAUCAGAGUCAUUUACAUGUUUGGCAAGAGUGACAAGUGUAGAAGAUCUUCCAAAGAAAAAAGAAAGUCAUCAAAGUAGGAAAAUGAAGAAGUCCACUUACAAGUCAUGCACUCUUCCUAAGCCAAACAUAUUCAAGAAAGCUUCAAGGAGCUCAUUUUUAUCAUCUUGUUAUACUACUAGAAAGUCAAAUUCUACCAUCAGCAGGACCAGACCACCUAUAAUUCCUGUACAAAGAACCUAGUUUUGCUACUUGCUUAGAUAUAUGAGCACCUUAAUCAGCAUGUUAACGUUAAUUAUUCCUUUUAAUUAACUAAGAAAUGGGGAGGAAUAAAUGGAUAUGAUGGAGAGUUUACGAUUUUUGGAGACUACUAAUUUUGAAUUGGUAGCGCCAUUGUGGCUGCCACCCCUCUUUUUCGUGAGGCACUUAUUCAAUUCAUAAUUGUGUUUUA